AUGGCGGGCAAAAAGCGAGAAAUCCAGUUACAGGCAGUCAUCAAUAAUCAAAGCCUGUGGGAUGAGAUGUUGCAGAACAAAGGUCUAACAGUGAUUGAUGUUUACCAAGCCUGGUGUGGACCAUGCAAAGCAAUGCAGACUUUAUUCAGAAAAUUGAAAAAUGAACUGAACGAAGAUGAAAUUCUGCAUUUUGUUGUAGCAGAAGCUGACAGCAUUGUGACUUUGCAGCCAUUUAGAGAUAAAUGUGAACCUAUUUUUCUUUUUAGUGUUAAUGGCAAAAUUGUUGCAAAGAUUAAUGGUGCAAAUGCACCACUCGUUAAUAAAAAAAUUGUUGACUUGGUCAAUGAGGAGAGGAAAAUUGCCGCAGGUGAAAUGGUUCGCCCUCAGUAUAAUGAAAUUUUACUUGCAGACUCAGAUACAGAAGAUACUGGGGAAGCAUCCUCUGAAAAUUUUGAGCAACUAUACAGUAUUGCUAUUAUCAAACCCGAGGCUGUGAUUACUGGAAAAACAGUGGCAAUUAAACAAAAAAUUAUCAAUGCAGGAUUUGUCAUAGAAGCAGAGGCUAAGAGAGUGCUCACUGAAGAACAAGUAAGAGACUUCUAUAGUCGAAUAGCAGACCAGCCUGACUUUGAAGAUUUUGUCCCUUUAAUGACAAAUGGCCUAAGCUAUAUUCUAGUUAUAUCUCAAGGAAAUAAACAAGAGCCUCCCUGGGAAGAAACUGUAGCUAAUCCCGAGUCUGAACUUGAACCAUCUGAGGGUCAACAUGAAAUGACCACACCUACAGUGAUGGAGAAGAAGUGGGACAGUUUACAAGACUAUAUAGAAAGACAACAUCUAUCUCAGUUUUGUGAUAUUGAAGAGAAUAUAGCUAAUGUUAAUAAGUUUAUUGAUACCUUCUUCCCUGAUUUUAAAAGUAUAACAAGCAUAAAAUUAGAAAGAAUAAUGGCAUUACUUCGACCAGAUCUCUUUAAAAAAAAGAAAGAGGAUGUUUUGAAUAUUAUUCAAGAUGAAGGCUUUAAAAUACUGAUGCAAAGACAAAUAGUAUUAUCAGAAGAAGAAGCACAAACACUGUGCAAGGAAUAUAAAAAUGAAGAUUAUUUUGAAAAUCUUAUAGAAAACAUGACCAGUGGUACAUCUUUAGCCCUUGUUUUAUUAAGAGACAAUGGUUUACAACACUGGAAAAAGUUAAUUGGCCCAAACACUGUUGAAGAAGCAAAAGAAUGUCUUCCAGAGAGUUUAUGUGUACAAUUUGCAAUGGAAAGUUUACCUAUCAACCAGUUGUAUGGAAGUGUUUCCUUAGAAGCUGCUGAAAGGGAAAUACAGUAUUUCUUUCCUCCUCAAAACACUUUAGGACUGAUUAAACCUCAUGUGACACAAGAACAAAGAGAGGAGAUCUUUGACCUUAUUAAAGAAGCUGGAUUUGAGAUAACACAGAUGAAGGAAAUGCUGCUAACUGAAGACCAAGCAGAUAAAAUUUAUUUUAAAAUAAAAAAAAAAGACUUUUAUAAAGAUGUAUUAGAAAUAUUAUCUGAGGGUCCAUCUUUGGUCAUGGUUCUGACCAAGUGGAAUGCUAUUGCAGACUGGAGACGACUGAUAGGUCCUGUAGACCCAGAUGAAGGAAAACUAUUGUCCCCAGACUCUAUCCGGGCCAAAUAUGGAAAAAGUGUUUUGAGAAAUGCUGUUCAUGGAUCAUCUACUGUCCAUGAGGCAAUGGAGACCAUUAAUAAAAUGUUUGAAGAGGCUGUUCCUGAGAAUCCUGAGCAAAACUAA